UUCCCCGGUUUCCUGCUCGACCUGCACUUCCUGGUAGGAAAACAUGGCUGGUUCGUGUGAGGAGCAGAAGUUCAGCUUCCAGGAGAUUCUCGACACCUUCAAACUGUGUCUGACUGACAGUAAAGACGUGGAUCUCCAGCACUACGUGGACGGCUGGCGAGGGCUCAUCAAGUUCCUGAACUGCUUAGGCAGCAUCUUUGGCUUCAUUUCCAAAGAUGCUUCCAGCAAGAUCCUCAUCCUGGUCGGCCACCUGAACGGCGAGAACGGGUCUCAGUACGUCACCAUCCAGUCGAUGGUGAAGUACGAGCUGGAGAAGGAUCUGGUGGACCUGACCAAGAGAGGCAUCCACCAGGAGUCCGGCUGCCGCACCCUGCUGAGGCUCCACCGCGCGCUGAGGUGGCUGGAACUUUUCCUGGAGCGCCUCCGCACCAGCAGCGAGGACGGCAAGACCUCCGUCAUGUGCGGAGAGGCCUACAACGAGUCCCUCUCCCAGUACCACCCCUGGGUGGUCCGCAAGGCUGCGGGCGUGGCGUUCUGCGUGCUCCCCGGGCGUCCUGCUUUCUUCGAGGUGAUGAAUGUGGGCCCCUCAGAGCAGGUGGUGGCCAUGCUGGGAGAAGCCCUGCCUCUCAUCUCUGAGGUUUACCAAGUAACAGAGAAACUUUACGCUCAACAUAACCUACUUGAUUUACCGUAGAGAGCGAGAAGUCCUGUUGUUUACCUCUUUAUACGUGACACCAUUAAAGAUGUGUCCCUGGUGACGGGCUGGUGAGCGAGCUGCUACUAUGAGUUGUGUAUUAUCCGUUUGGUAUUGGGCACAAAUAUUUCCUCAUUAUUACAUUGACACUAGUCUGUACCUACUGCAGAUCUGAAUGUAAAUCUACUGUUAAUUAUAAUAUUGCAUGUUUGUCUUUACUUCUAGUGAUGCAUCUCUGAAUCAUCUGUUUAAUUCAGUAAAUUAUAGGCCGAUCGAUAUCGAUUUUAAAAAAUUGGCUCUGACUCCUGAGAUGUUGUUAUCAAACCCCUCAAAUAAGACUUGAGAAUUGAGGAUCGAAAUUUUACAGUUUAACCAUAAACUUAAUUAUAAUUAACUAGAAAUAAAAAGAGAGUUACGAAUAUAACCAAAUUAAUUAAAAUGUCAACAUAAAUGAAGAUCUUUUCUAUAUUGUUCAUUCUGUGAAAUACAAGUUUUCAUAUUGGAAAAUGUAAGCAGAUCCCAAUAUUUCCAUCAGGCUCUACAGAGACCUACAGUGGGAAUCAUUGGAGUCCUUAUUCACUGCCAAAAGCUGCUUGUUUUCAUUAUUUAUCCCAAAAAAGAAGAUACACUGAUGCUGCCUCUUAACUUUAAACACUGGGUUCUUAUUUAUUACUUUUUGCUGCUUUUCUUUUCUUGAUUUUUGAAAGUGAUUUUGGUAAAUUUGGGGGUUUUUGGUCAGUUUUCUUUAUCGAUUGAUUGCGAAAAAGAAAAUAGUUUCAGGGCUGUUUUGAUCUGACACCAGUCGCGAUUUUUUUUACGUAUCAGCGAGAUUCUGGUAUUAAUUAAUGAAAUAAAAAUUAGACCUUUAAUUCGACAGGUAGAAAACUGCAACUUUAUUAGAGGAGGAGUUUUAAAACUGCUCCAAAGACAAAAUAAAGUCUAAAUGUGCCAAAUCUAAGCUAAUUCAAUGGUAAAGAGAACAGGCUGUUACACUAAGAAACAAAAGUGCUGAAUACAGUGAAUCUUUAAAUAUCUACCGAACAAACAGAAUCUGAAAAUUCUGUUAAUUUUGGGUUGAAUUAAAUGAAAAGUUCAGUUGUUGUUGUUUUAUUUUCUAUGAUCUUUGGGCAUUUUUUUUUAAUUUAAAAUGUGAAGCACAAACAUCCAGUGUUGGUGCAGCUAAUGUACAUGAAGUGAAUGCUGUAUUGAUGAUACAUGCAAUGUACUGUAUAUUGUUUAUAUAUUACUAUGAAUUCAAACAGAACUCGUCAGCACUGUAGCUUAAUAAAACAAAUAAAUCAAAAAAUAA